AUGAAGCUACUGGUGGCAUUCGUGAUUUCCUCUUAUGUCCAUUACAUUGUUGCACUUACAAGAAUUUCUCUGGUGAAAGUUAAGUCAGUUCGGAAUCAACUGCGACAAAAGGGUGAAUUAGAGGAAUUUUGGUUGCAUCACCAACCCCGUAACUUUGCCCGAAAGUAUGGAGAGUGUUUUCCACCAUCACUGUCACUCGUUGCUGGAUCAACUUCAGAAUAUCUUUUUGAUUACAUGAAUGCUCAGUACUAUGGUGAGAUCAGUGUUGGAACACCACCUCAGAAUUUCACUGUGGUGUUUGAUACCGGCUCCUCCAAUUUCUGGGUUCCAUCAUCGUAUUGUAUCAGUGAAGCAUGCCAGGUACAUGGGAGAUUUAAAUCAUAUGAGUCUUUAUCCUAUGAGCAUGGGGGCAAACCAUUCUCUAUCCAUUAUGGCACAGGACAGCUUGUCGGUAUAACAGGUAAAGACACACUGCAGAUCAGUAACAUGUCCAUCAUAGGUCAAGACUUUGGACAAUCUGUGAUGGAGCCUGGCAGGACAUUUGUUCUUGCGCAGUUCGAUGGAGUGCUAGGCCUGGGAUACCCCUCACUAGCUGUUGCUGGUGCUAUCCCGGUAUUUGACCAGAUAUUGCAGCAAAAACUUGUAGAGAAACCACUAUUUUCUUUUCAUUUGAACAGGGAUUUGAAUUCCAAUUAUGGGGGACAAUUGAUACUGGGAGGAAUAGACAAGUCAUUAUAUAAAGGUCCAAUCCACUGGGUUCCCAUCACAGAGAAAGGAUACUGGCAAAUUAGGCUGGAGAAUGUCAAAGUCCAGGGAAAACCAAUAUUUUGCCAGAAGGGCUGUGAGGCGAUUAUUGACUCAGGCACAUCACUGAUUACUGGCCCCAGUUCUAAUAUAAAACAGCUUCAGGAGAUCCUGGGUGCAACAUCUACAUUAUUUGGAGAGUAUAUUAUAGACUGCUCACUGGCUUCCACCCUCCCAAGUGUUACAUUCACCAUAGGCCAUCGAGACUACACAUUAACAUCUGACCAGUAUGUAAUCAAGGAAACAUCAAACAAAUCUCAUUUGUGCUUGACGGGGUUUCAAGCCAUAGAUAUCUCUACAAAAACUGGACCUCUUUGGAUUCUAGGAGACAUUUUUAUGUCCAAGUUUUACAGUGUGUUUGACCGUGAACAUGACAGAGUUGGAUUUGCCAAAUCUUGCAAAAGAAAUCUUUGA